AGAGUCAUCGGCAAGAGAGCCCGGAGAGCUGAGGCCCAGCAGGAACAUGCCAGCUAACCAGAGUUCUCCCCAGUGGUCCUCGGUCCUGGCUGCAGAGGGACAUGGCAGCCUGUGUGAGGUCUCCAUGUCAUUCGAGGAUGUGACUGUGGACUUCAGCAAGGAAGAGUGGCAGCAACUGGACCCUGCUCAGAGACGCUUGUACUGGGAUGUGACGCUGGAGAAUUACAGCCACCUGCGCUCAGUGGGGUGCCAGGUUCCCAAACCAGAGGUCAUCUUCAAGUUGGAGCAAGGAGAGGGGCCAUGGACAUUGGAGGGGGAAACCUCACAUCAGAGCUGGUCAGACGAGGAUAUUGGGGAAAAGCAACACCAGAGAAUUGCUGGGAAAGUUUCAUUGCACUGUGAGAAAUUUGGUCAACUCAUAGGAGAAGAUCCAUUGUGCUCCAUCUUAGAAGAAUUGUGGCAAAACAACAGCCAGCUAGAGAGAUAUCGGGAGAGCCAGAAUCACCCUUUAAGUCAUGUGAAAGUAUUGAUUAAGGAGAGGGGCUAUGAAUGUAAGAAUACUGAAAAAAUAAUCCAUGUGAGUACCAAGCUUGUUCCUUCAAUUAAAAGUCUCCGUAACUAUGACCCAUUUGGAAAGAGUCUGAAGCAUACUUUAAACUUACACAAUCAUAAUAAAAGCAAUGCAACAAAGAAGCUUGAUAAGAUUUUUGGAAAUGAUAACAAUUUUGCCCCUAGCUCUUCAUCUACUGAGACUGCGAAUACAGGGGCAAAUUCCUGUGACAUUAAUCAAUGUGAAAAACAUCUUGGCAACAAACAAGUUCUCAUCCACCAUCAGACAAUUCAGACUGGGGAGCAACUGCCUGUAUGUACUGAGUGUGUAAAGGGCUUCCCCCAAAAGCCCCAUCUCUCUGAGCAUCAGAGAAUUCAUGCUGAGGAAAAAUCCCAUGAAUGUCAUAAAAGCCACAAAGCCCUCAGGCAGAAGCCACCAAUUAAUGUACCUCAAAGUGCUUAUACAGGAGACAAACCCUAUAUAUGUACUCAAUGUGAGAAGGCCUUUACUCUCAAGUCAAACCUCAUUACACAUCAGAAAAUUCAUACUGGGCAGAAACCCUAUAAAUGCAGUGAAUGCGGAAAAGCCUUUUUCCACAGAUCCUAUCUCUUUAGACACAUGAGAAUCCAUACGGGAGAAAAACCGUACGAAUGCCGUGAGUGUGGAAGAGGCUUCUCCCAGAAUUCAGACCUUACCAUACAUCAGAAGACUCAUACCGGAGAGAAACAUUACGCGUGUGGUGAAUGCGGGAAAGCCUUCACCAGAAAGUCAGCACUCAGAACGCAUCAGAGAAUCCACACAGGAGAGAAACCCUAUGUAUGCCCUGAAUGCGGGAAGGCCUUCAUCCAGAAAUCCCACUUCAACACACAUCAGAGAAUCCAUACCGGCGAGAAGCCUUACGAAUGCGGCGAGUGCGGAAAGUCGUUCACUAAGAAGUCACAGCUCCACGUGCAUCAAAGAAUUCACACAGGGGAAAAACCCUAUAUAUGUACAGAAUGUGGAAAGGUCUUCACUCACAGGACAAACCUCACUACACAUCAGAAAACUCAUACUGGAGAGAAACCCUAUACGUGUGCUGAAUGUGGCAAGGCUUUCAGCGACCAGUCAAAUCUCAUUAAACACCAGAAAACGCACACUGGAGAGAAACCCUAUAAAUGCAACGGCUGUGGAAAAGCCUUCAUAUGGAAGUCACGCCUCAAAAUACAUCAGAAAUCUCAUAUUGGAGAGAGACACUAUGAAUGCAACGAAUGUGGGAAAGCCUUCAUCCAGAAAUCGACACUAAGUGUGCAUCAGAGAAUCCACACAGGAGAGAAACCCUACGUUUGUCCUGAAUGCGGGAAGGCCUUCAUCCAGAAAUCCCACUUCAUUGCACAUCAUAGAAUCCAUACCGGAGAGAAGCCUUACGAGUGCAGCGACUGUGGCAAGUGCUUUACUAAGAAGUCACAGCUUCGUGUGCAUCAGAAGAUUCACACAGGGGAGAAACCCAAUAUAUGCGCCGAAUGUGGAAAGGCCUUCACUGACAGGUCCAAUCUGAUAACACACCAGAAAAUCCACACUAGAGAGAAACCCUAUAAAUGCAGUGACUGCGGAAAAACCUUCACUUGGAAGUCCCGCCUCACCAUCCAUCAGAAAUCUCAUACUGGAGAGAGACACUAUGAAUGCGGUAAAUGCGGGAAAGCCUUCAUCCAGAAAGCAACAUUAAGUAUGCAUCAGAUUAUUCAUACCGGAAAGAAACCCUAUGCCUGCAUAGAAUGUCAGAAGGCCUUCACCGACAGAUCGAAUCUCAUUAAGCACCAGAAAACUCACAGUGGAGAAAAAGUAUAAAGCCACCGCCUGAAAAGGCCUUCAGCUGGGACUCAGACCUGGGGAUACAUCAGGGGUCUCAGAGUAGGGAAAGAGGAGUGCCAGAUGCUGUGAUCAGGGGUGCGGGGUUGGGGCCGG